AUGGCCACGCCCUUUCAAAACAUAGGCCAUGGCUCUGGAGAGCUAAUUUCCGAGGCGCACUUGUUGGUGACCCAACUUUACGAUCCCGCUAACCAGCGGAACCCGGCCAAAAUCGAUGAGGUACAGUCGCGGCUGCAGCACCUCCAAAAGAGCGAAUAUGCAUGGGAAAUUGCAGAUUCGCUCCUCCGAGAACGCUCCGCCCAUCACCGUUUCAUGGGUGCUCUCACUUUUACAGUGAAGAUCAAUGUAUCCAGCGGCGAGGUCAAAGAAACCAUGGCGGUCCAAAUUCUGGAACGCCUCAUCAAUCACUUCAUCGGUAUUGUGAAUGAGGGUGAGCAGGCUUUUGUGAUCCGAAAGCUUGCGUCCAGCCUUAUUGCGAUCUUCCGGCAUCCGACUACCUCGUGGAAGCGGGCGCUCUGGCAGCUGGCUGCCAGUCUUGCGCAUGGGAGCUUUGUUCAGGAAGAGCAGUCCCAGACCGUGGAUUUCCUAAGUGGUGUACUGCCAGCUUUGAGUACCCCGCAGGCCACAGCUCUGUUAUUCUUCUCGGUUUCGCUGGCUGAAGAAACCUUGAGGUUAGACACCGAGCCUCAGAAUCUGGUAGCACCGGUGAUUCAGCGGGCUGUGUCAAACAUCAAGGAUGGCUUCUUGCUAGUGCAAUACAUCAUGCGGCAGAUCGCUCAACAUCCUUCCAUUUCGCAGAGUGAAUCUCCUGAGAUAACACUCGGAGUUGAAGCUAUGAUCGCCUGGAAGGCUUGGCUUGGAGUCUAUGGCAGUCGCCUGCACUCUGGACAUGGUGAAGAGCGACGGGCCUUGGCAGUUUCUUGCGGACAAGACAUUAUGGAAAUCCUGAGAAUCCCUAGUCUGAGCGAGAACGCAGCAUCCAUAUUGACUCAAGCGUUUGAAACCCGCAGUUGGGCCUUUGACAACAACUCCAUUUUGAUUAUUUCACAAAUUCUCUCAGACUCCAUCGUGACCUUCCAUAUCUCAGAAAUUACGAAGGGGAAUGAAGGCACCGAGAGCAUGACAUUUGUCGACCUUUUGGUCGCGUAUGUUUCGCAUCUUCAAAUGAACCUAUUCAGUGACCCGAUGAAGCCCCAAAAUGCUCAAAUCUUGAGCAUCGUGCACAGCAUCUUCAAGACGCCAGGAUACGCUGUCAUUGAUGACCCGGCAACACCUCGAGUCUUGGAGUACUGGAAUGAAAUUGCAGAAACUCUUCCCGAUGAGCUGCAACAAAAUGACCCAAGGUAUCAAGCAGUGAAAAGUCACUUGGCGCAGGUUGUUCUCGGCUUAUUUGACAAGCUUCUAUAUCCCACUCCAAGCGACCUUUCAGACUGGAGCGAUGAUGAAAGAAGUGAGUUUAACGGUUUCCGUUACGAAGCUUGUGAUUAUCUAUUGUCGGUUUAUCCAAUCCUCGGCGUUGAGUUGGUAAGUGUUUUCCAGGAGAGCGCAACCACCCACCUUGGCAACAAUGACUGGCGUGGAUUUGAAGCUGCCAUGUUCUGCAUUGCUCAGCUAUCAGAGGCCGUUGAUGAGAACGGCCAUGCAGACCAAUGUCUUGAUGCCAUUUUCGGCAGCGGUGCCUUUUCCCGCCUCUGCGCCGGUGGUGAAACCGGCAUUCCACUCAAGGCGCGUCAGACGCUUGUUGAUGCGUUUGGGAAAUACGAGUCUUACUUUGAACGACACAAUUCGUUGCUUCCGGGUGUUCUGAACAUUCUCUUUGAGUCACUCAACUUCGAGACAUGUGCCCAGGCGGCUUCGCGGUCUAUCUUGACGCUUUCCAAGUCAUGCGGCCGUGUGUUGACCACAGAACUCCCGGUUUUCCUCGAUCAGCUUGACCAAUUCCGUACAAAGCCGACCGCUACGGUAUCAACCAUGCCCAAGGUGCUUGAAGGCAUUGCAACCAUCAUACAAAGACUACCCACCGAUGAUGAGAAAGUGCAAACCCUUGAGAGGAUCCUGCGCUUCUUCGUCCAGGAGGCUAAACAGGCACGAGAUGAGGCUGCCAACUCUGCUUAUGAAAUUGCUCGUGCCCAUGGACAUCUGGUGCUUGGCUGCAUCGCCAGCAUUGGAAGGGGCCUACGUGCUGAUACAGACGAGGUUAUCAACAUUGACGCAGCGGAAGAGCAGGACCCCUACCCUCCAUCCUUUUGGAAUGCUGGACCAGGCUCUGGUGCCCAGCAACUUAUCAUGGAAGCAAUGAGGCUUUUAAUUUUGGAUUUCCCUGUGGACAGUGGGAUUAUUGAUUCCGCGUGCGACAUCCUCAAGGCCGGGUAUACCGAGUCUUCGGGGCUUUUCGUUCUCCCCCCGUCCUUGACCGUUGACUUCAUUAAGAGUUUCCCACUCGGUAUCUCCGGCACAGAUGUCAUCAUGGCUACCGCCUCCUCGUUCCUUGCCUCGCACGCUUCACACUCGAUGCAGAUCAGGGACCAAGCCGUGGCAUUGAUCGUACACGUCUCCCAGCUAUUCUCUUCCAUGCUGGAGAAUCCCGACAUCUACGAUCCAGAGACAGCGAAUGCAGGAAUUGAUUUCCUCGCGCGUCUCCUUCCGAAAUACUACCCCAUCCUGUUCUCCUUGACUGAGCCACUCCCUUCCGCUUCGGGCUCCGUUUCCCAAGGCCUGCCGAUUUUCGUUGUCCUAUUGAACUUUACGCUCCACUCUCUGACGCGCCCCGAGCCUCUGACUCUUCGUUCUGGGUCCGCAUUCUGGGUUGCCAUGUUAGAUCUUCGCGGUGGUUCACCCGAGGAGACAGCUGCUCUCGACCAAGUCCUCGAGCAAUUCAUCCCAACGCUAUGUGAGACUUUGAUCCGCCAGAUCGCAGGCCACUGUGCACGAUCGGAUCUGCUUUCGCUCAACGAUGUUCUGCGUCGCACAAUCUUCAAGAAGAUGGGACUGGCACGCCCCAGUCUCACUGCCGCUCUAAAUGCCUUGAAUGCACAGGUCACAGACGCUGAUGGUCACCAGGCUCCAGUUCUUUCGCCGCAGGAGAAGUCUCGGUUUUUGGAAUCCCUAAUUGUCGCCAGAGGACAGCGACAACCGUCGCUGGAGCUGAUUCGGUCAUUUUGGCUGAAGUGCCGAGGAAUGGCAUUUGACUAUGCCGGAUAG